CUCCCAAAGUGCUGGGAUUACAGGCAUGAGCCACCACUCCUGGCUGCAUCUUGCUACUUUAAUUGGUCCCAAAACUAGUAAUCUCUGGCAUCACCUAGGAAUUUGUCAGAAAACACAAUCCGAGACCCAACCCCACACCUACUGAAUCAGAGUCUGCAUUUUAGCAAGAUCGUUGGAGAUUCAUAUGCAUGUUAUAUUUCAAGAAGCACUGUUCCAGCCCAGAGUGCUAAUAAAGAAUGUGGCCCUUGGCAAGCUUAAAAAGGGUCAAUAAAACCAUGGCCAUGGAAAUGUCCCUAGAAGAAGAUAUGUCUUUCAGUCUUUCAUAGAGGGCAGUUAGUUCACCUACAUUUUAGGACAUCUUAAUAGUUCCAAAUCAAAAAACAACUUUUAAAAAAUGCGGUCUUAUGUGAACUCCCAGUUAUACAUUGCCCAUUUUUUUGUAAGACCAUUACAUUUCCUAAAUCAGUAAAUACUCUAAAUAAUCAUAAAGUUUAUCUUCACUUUGUUAUUGAAUCUAGUUACACUUACAUUAUGUUUUCAACUUAUUUUCUUUAGAUGAAUAUCCCAAUUCUGUAUCUACAUUUCCCCCAACCACUCACAGUCCAGUAGUUACAAGGUGAAUAAUUAAGGUUGUAGGGAAUCUACCAGUGCUUGCAACUUGUAGGUUCUGGAUAGAGUAGCAAAACAUAAAUAGAAUUGGGAACCCUAUAACUGAGUUUGUUGAAAUGACCAGACCCCUAAAAUAAGGAUAAAGAGCAAGGUUUCUGUUGUUUUUUGUUUUCCUUUGCUUUGCUUUGCUUUGCCUUGCUUUCAAUGUCGGUUAGGUUUAGAAUCUACAUAUUCCACACUGUUUAGAAAACGUACCUGGCAGCUAUCUAAGGCUUUAUCAGAGCGUUUCCUGGCUGCUAUUUUGUUGUCUUCUGGCUUGUGUUUGGGAGCCAGGUCUCACCACGCACCAUUUCAGCACUACGGACAGCGCCUAGGCGCCUUCUAGAAACGGAAGGGGUUUCAGUUGUGUUUGUGUGGAAGAGAGAAGGGAAAGAGUAGAGGAAAAGAACUCCAAACGACACAUUCAGUCUCCAGUUAAACUAAUACACCUUUCACUCCUGAAUUUUCCUUACCGGAUAAGAAGAAACAUGUAAGAAUUUACUGCCUACUGUUCUACUGAAAACGGCUGUCACCAAAGCACAGCAGAAUGCCCGCGGCACAGCCAGGAAUGCAGCAAAGAGCAAAACAAGGAUUUCAGCAGUAAAUCAAUUAAACCCUCACUGCCUUAGUAAACAAAGAUAGUGAUGAAAUCUAGUUGCUAACCUUCAGGGUUUGUUAUGAGAAAAAAAGGAGCGUCUAUUUUUUUCUUCCUCUUUUUCUCCCUCUUUUAGCAGAACUGAAGAAUAGAUAGAGCCUGUUGCUGCUGGAGCUGAUUCCCUUCCCCUCCUCAUCUCCCACCUCCUUUCAGUCUCACAUACACACACAGACGCUGUCGCAGACACACGCGAGCGCAAAUAUUUACACACUGCCACACUGAAGAAAUCCAUGCACGUUUUCCUGCAAAUACGCGCGCGCGCGCACACGUACUUCGGCGGGCGCUCACGUCCUCUGCCUCACCGACAGACACAGACAUUUACACUUCUAGGCCAGGAAAGCGCUAACCAGGAUCCUGUGACUCUACGCAGGUUCCAGAACACGCCUUCUACAUUGUUACUGAACCGAUCAGCGAACACAGACAAACGUGCCAACACUUAAGUCUACUGGCUGGACUUCAUCUCCAUGGCAACAAGCAUGGAAGGCAAAGAGUUGAUUCCAGAAGGAAUUGUGAAGAGCCACAACAAUGUGCCAGUGAAUAAUGAGUAGUACCUACUGUGGCAACUCUUCAGCUAAGAUGAGUGUCAACGAAGUAUCAGCUUUCUCAUUGACUCUGGAGCAAAAAACUGGCUUUGCUUUUGUUGGGAUUUUGUGUAUCUUCUUGGGACUUCUUAUUAUCCGAUGCUUCAAAAUCCUGCUAGACCCGUAUAGUAGCAUGCCCUCCUCUACAUGGGAAGAUGAAGUUGAAGAGUUUGAUAAAGGGACAUUUGAAUAUGCACUCGCGUGAGAGUUCCAGCUAUAUGGUUUUUAUGGUUGCGCCAUUGGGACACAUUCUGGAUACAAUUGUAAUUACCUUGAGUGUGUGGGAGAGAGGCUCAUUUUGUUCAGCGAAUUCAAUAAACAUCUGUGACUAAUUUCUUCACCAUACUGUGUAAAUGAUAAACUACUGUUGGGAUUCGUCACUUUCCUCUCUUCCCACUUAGAGGUUUCCAAUGAAUAGAGCAUAAGGAUGGCUGCAGCCAUGUUUACCAUCUUUAUUCUUAUCUUGAACAACUGCCUUGAAUUUCUGCUUCCUUUCUUGUGCUAAUAAACUGUGCUAAAGGCAUCUUGCUCUCUCCGCUCUGCAAAGCCCAGGCACCCCCUCCACAUUCCUGACUCAGACCCCUUUAGCUUUAGUGAGUCAGGUCUUAAACAGAGAAUUUAGUCCAAAGAAUAAUCAAAAUAUUACUUGUCUAAUAAUAACCAUAGGCCCAAAAGGUUCACAGGUGAAAAAAUAUCUCAAAAAUCUAACACCCAAAGCCUACAAGUAGUCACAGGCCCUAAAGCUCCCCAAAUUUCACAGAGCUCUGACCCUCCUAUCUCUUCUCUUUGUCGAAUCUCUUGCAGUAAAAUCCCAUAGCUUGGAAUCCAAACUAGAUCUGCCUCAUACUGAUGCUCCCUCCCCUACCCCUUGCAUAAAUAGAAUUUAAAAGGGAGUUUCCAGCAUGACCCAGUGGAAAGAGUACUCUAAGCAGAAACAAAGACAGUCUCAGCUGUGCCACCAGUAGAGCUAUGCUCUAAUGGGUAAGUCAUCUAAUCUCUGUGAGCUUCAGUGAAGAAUAGUGUUAACAUCCUUUUCAAUUCUAGUGCCCUAUGAAUGCUACAAAUAUACCUGAAAACCCAGAGAUCUGAAAUGAAUGAGGAUUUAAGAUAUCAUGAAAAGUUUUUCAGAUUAGGAGCCUAAACUCAGAGAUUUGUAUUCUAAUGUUAGCUUAGCCAAGAUCUAGCUUUAUGACUUAGAAAGUUACCUAAGGGGAACCUAUAUUCCACAACAAGAAUUAAGAAACCCAUCCUGCAUAUCUUCAGGACUAUUGAGAGGGCCAAUUAGAUAUAAUGAAUGUGAAAGCAUUUUGUAAACCAUAAAACAGUAUCUAAACAUACCUUGCUAUCAAUAUUUAUUGUCCUCAUCAGUAGCAGUAAUAGAGAUUCUCAAACCCUAAGAAGCAAUGGCUGAGUGUAAAUUAUUCAAUCUCUCUAGUAUUUCAUUCUCUUCAAUUGAGAAAUAAAAAGAUAGAAUUAUAUAGUUCUAAAUUCUUUCCAACUACAAACUUCUGACUCUCUGUGAGUCAGAAUGGAGGAACAUAGCAGGAGAUAAAUACAAAAAUAUUUAUGUCCUUUGAAAACACAGAACUGCAAAACAUACCAUGAAGGAACAAGACUAAUAUUAGCAAGAGGUAGCAUUAAAUUAGUUACUUUCAAUUUAUUUGAUACUCAUCAAUUAUUUGAGUUGGAGUCUACUACUUCCAUUUUAUUUUUAAUCUUAAUUUUGCAGAAGAGAAACUGAAGCUGAGAAAAAUUAACUAGCUUCCCAAGGUCACCAUAGCUAGGGAAUGGUUAUGUUAGGGAUUGAACUUGGGCAGUUUAAUUUCUGCUGUAUCCCUAGACAAUGUCCUCAACACUUCUACAUAGCUUAUAGACAUGGUUACUGCUCAGGUCUAUGGAAUUCCAAAACCAGCUGUCUCUGUGAGAUUCCUUGAUGCUUUCCAUCUCAUAAUAGAUUUAGAACAUAUCUGUUAUUAGCUGUGGAUCUUCUGGAGCAAAUCCUCACCUCAAGGAGGCUCUCUGUACCCCAGUUGUUUCAAGAGUGAAGGCCUGGUACACCUCAUAGCCAGUUAGUAACCUGGCCCAAGAACAGGUCAUUGGGCCAAGUUCAGCUGAACAUACUGAAAAUUGUGUGUGCCAGGAAACUAGGUCUCUUUGUUGACCAAGGCUUUUACAGUACCAGAUGUUUCAUUUGUCUCCCAGAGAAGACACCCACCAAGACCCUCCAUUUUGAUGACUAGAAAAAACCACGGCCAGAUCUUUAUUUCAAAAGAAGAAAGACCUCUACAACCAAGAAAACUUUAUGAAAUAUGAGCAUUGUUUCUGGAAGUUCAACUCCCAUAAGCUUUUCAAGUAUAUCAACUCUACCAUAAUAUUACUUCCAAAUCCACUAAAGAAAAAUUCUAUUAACCAAAAGUGUCUUCAUCUGUGGUUUUUAUUUGUGGUCUAUUGGGUGCCUUAGUUUUUUUGGGGGGUGGGGUGGUUGGGGAGAUAGAAAAGUCAGCAUCUGUAUUUUCAGAAACAGAAAGAAUAUAAAAAAUAUAAAAGGCUGGUUACAACAUGAAAACAACAUGGAACGUUCAUGAAACGUUAAUUCUUCUAGGAAUAGAUGUUCAUUGUCAUAGCUGGAUCAGCCUCUAGCUUCCCCUUCCCAAAAGCCUUGUCAGAGAGGACAGAGGAAAGAUAGAAGAGCAUAGCUCAAGAUAGCUUGCUCCUGUUACCUUUCCCUCCUGUCUGAAAGGCCUAAAUUGGAUUCACCUUUCAAGGUUGGCUUUAUGGAUGGUGUUAUUUCAUCCAUAUCCCCCAAAACCAUCUCCCAUUUGUUCCAGGAUGCCUGAAUCCCCUUAAUAGAGAACAAAGACUUUCAUUUCACAGUGAGAGAUAAAAGGCUUAGAAUGAAAAUGUCUGGUUGAUGUAAGACCAAGGCUAAAACAAAUUCAUACCACUCUGAAGUCAGGCAGUCAGUCAGCAAGAAAAAGGAAAUUGACUGGUAUCAGAGGUAUUCACAGUCAUUGGUAGAGGAAAAGGGUUGUAGAGUAAAUAAGUGGCUCCCAAAAGGGUUGGAGGAUGUCAGCUUAUGGCUCCUGUCCUGGUCUGGUGAACAGAACUUGUUUUGGGUGCCAGCCCCAUCCUAGCUGUCCCUUGUCUUGAUCUAAACAACCAGCCCCACCCAGCUGAAUUUGAAAUGGGACAUUCCUAUGCCAAAACACUUUCUAUAUGAGGAAUCAGAACCCUUUGUUGAACAGACAAAUGCCUUGUACCGGUGACCUUUAAGAGUGGAAUGAGUUAUAGGUACAUACUUGUAAUUCUGUCUCUGUUUCUGAUAUAGCCUCACGACAUUAGCCUGACUGAUUAGCAUGACAUUUACCUAACGAAGAGAAUCUAAAUGGUUUUACUUAGGUGUCUCUAGACACUUCUAUCAUCCUGUAUCAGUUCACUUAACUUACCUUUACACUUAUCUUUUAUAGACAAAAUAUCUAUCCCAAUCUCUAAUGAUUCACCUCACAAUCUUGUAUGUGCUAAGUAAAAAUCCCCAGCUAAUUGUAAAUAGCACUAAAAUAGUGAAAGUAAGCACUAGGUACAAAUUGUUGCUGUUCUAAACCCCAUACACAAACUAACUCAUUUAUUCCUCAAAAUAACUCUACAACAAGGUAGGUACAAUUAUUAUCCACAUCUGCAUUUGCGGAUGAGAAAAUUUAGGCACAGAAAGAUUGAGUAACUUGACUGAGUUCACACAGACAGCAAGUGGCAGGGCCACGACAUAAGUUGGGCCUUCUGGCUUGAGUCUUGCUCCUAGCCACUAUAUUACACAACAACCGAGCUACUCAGACAACUGGAAAUCACUUGAAUCGUUUCUUAUAAGAAACAAAGAGGACUCAUUCAAUCAUCCUGAUUGAUAAUCAGUGACAGCCCUGAGGGAGGAAUUGUUUGCAGUGUUGAUAAUCACCUACUUGCAGAUCUGAAAAAGAAAAACCUUUUCCUCAACAAAACUCAAAAACUGAGUUUGACAAAAAACUGUUUUUCUAGUUGGAGACAUAAAGGUCAUUUAGUA